AUGGGAAGCUCUUCAAGAGCCAUUGAAAACACUCUUCAGCACUUGGUAGAUGAUAUUCAAGAAGACAUUCAUGACUACAUCAUAGCUUUUCGAAAUCCUUGGGAUGUCCCCUCCAGGAAUUAUGAAAAUCGUAACUUUUCCUGACAAAUUAAAUCCUCAAGAGCCGAAGAAAAAUUUCAAAUGUUUUUCAAAUCAAAUAACGCUGACAUAGUUUAUCUUUCUGAAUUAAAAGAAUUUCAAAGCUUCCUAUUAGGGAAAGACCAUAUAAAAUAUCAAGAUUUAGCUCAAUUUACUAUUAACUGCGCACUGAAACUUCUCCAGCAAAAUCUUCAUCUGGACGUGAAGGGAAAUUUAUCAGAGGACUGUGAGUUUAUUAUUUUGAAAAUAAGAGCAAGCGAAGAAAAUUUACAAGUUGAAGCAGAUUUAUGUGACUAUGUUUUACAGCUUAGACCUGAUGUGAUCGAUAAUUUGGAUUUUCAGAAAAUUUCACCAUAUGCGCCUUAUGAGAAAAGAGAUGAAAUUUUUGAUAGGAUUUAUAAACAUUAUGAUGAAAACGGAAAUGAGUGUGAAAAUGGGUCAUUAUUCAAGCAUAUUGAUCGAAUCAGAUUAGUAAAUAGCAUGAUUACUGGAAUCAUCGAACUAAGCGACCUCCAGAAAAAUAGCAUUCUUGAAGACCAUUUCCCAUCGUCAUCUACUAAAAUCCUAACUUCCCAGUGAACGAAUAAAAGCAACCCAAAUUUGAAAAAUUGGAAGGCAAAAUUAAUUUUUUAUAUGUUAAUAAUCAUUUAUAAAUCAAUAUUUUUUUAAAAUUUUUGAUUAAAAACAAAUAUUAAUCGUUCAUGGAGGGUGAGUUUUUGGUCAGCAAAAGGGACUUUUCCGAUGGUUUUACUUGCUCAUGGAAGAGGGAGUAAAUGAUCUUAAAUCAAACUGGGCAACUUUGCGUAAAUGAAAUCAGAAGCAGGAUCUUGAAAAACUAAAAAAUUAUUUUGGCGAAAAAUUGACAAUGUAUUUUGCCUGGCUUGAAAUGUAUGUUUGGUGGUUAAUAUGGCCAGCUGUAAUAGGCACUAUUUUUGGAAUCAUAAAUGCAAUAAAUGGAAAAGAUUUUACCACUGAUAGUAGCAUGUCGCUAUCAGAAGCUUUAACGUUACUUUUUUCAUUGUUUGUUAGCAUUGCAAGUACACUCAUGGACCAACUUUGGGUUAGGAAGCAAAAUUUGCUGGCUUGACAAUGGGGCUUAACUGAUUUCCAAGAAAAUGAAGAACAAAUGCCAGAUUUUAAAGGAGCUUACACUAAAGAUCCAGUUACAGGGAAAAGGAAAAAAGUUGAUUUAAAUCAAGUUCAGCAUCAUGGAAAAGUAUGGAUUGGAUAUAGUGUGAUGAUGUUUUUCGUGUCUCUUGUUGUAGUUUGCAUCGUCGGCCUUUUCUUUUAUAGAUCUACACUAAAAGAUAAGCAAGGAUGGGGAUUGAGAUUUUUAGGCUACGCAAACGCUAUACAGAUCAAAAUUAUGAAUUUUGUAAGCUUUAUAUAGAUAUAUAGAAAAGUCGCAAAAAAAUUAACUGAUUGGGAAAACUACGAAACUCGUUCGCAGUAUAUGGAUGCUUUGACAAUCAAGCUCUUUUCUUUCCAAUUUGUGAACAGCUAUAUUUCUUUGAUGUAUAUUGCAUUUAUUAAAGGAAGAUGGGAAGGAUGCGCAGACGGGGAUUGCAUGUAUGAGCUAUCUGUCCAGCUAGGUGCUAUAUAUUUUAUCAACUUAUUCUUGAACCUGAUUGAGCUGGGCUUACCUUAUUUGAAAGGCAAGUGGAAAAUGUAUAAGCAUAACUCCCCCCCUCCUCCUUGAGUGAACAAAAAAAAUUUUGUUCACUCACGGAGGGGGGUUAAUUUUUUUUUUUUAAAAAAAUUUAUAUAUAAAUUUUUAUAAAAAAUAUUUUUUUCGAAAUUUAAAAAAAUCCUAAUUCGCAAAAAUUGGAAAGCAAAUAUUAAUUUAAUUUAUAAAAUUUAUGUUUUAAAAUGCAAUUCGUUUAAAAUUAAAUAGAAUUAGCUCUAGAUUUCAUUAUAAUAAUUAUCAUUUAUAUAUCAAAUUUUUUUUUCCAUAAAAAAUUUUUGUAUUAUAAAAAAAUUUUUGUUCACUCACGGAGGGUGGGUUUUUGGGCAAAAAAUGCCGAUUUUUCUAAUGGUUUUGUUCACUCACGGAGGGGGGGAGUAAGAAAAAUAGCGAUGGAGCUCUGGUGUCUAAAGAAGAUCACGAAUUAACUUUAUCCUCAUAUGAAACUCCAUUAGACGACUAUAUGGAGAUGGUCAUAGGCUAUGGAUAUGUUGUGCUAUUCAGUGUGGCUUUUUCGUUUACUCCAUUAAUCGUAUUAUGCUUAAGUGCUUUGGAGUUAAGAGUUGACGCAUGGAAAUUAUGCCAUCUAACUAAAAGGCCAUUUCCAGCUCAAGACAACUCAAUCGGAGUCUGGAUGACUAUCAUUCAAAUCAUGGCAGUUGUAGGGGCAGCCACAAACACAGGCAUAGUCAUUUUUACUUCUAAUGUGUUUGAUUUAUCUUCAAAUGAAGAUAAGUGGGUUUUGUUCAUCAUUAUUGAGCAUGCACUAUUUAUUUUGAAAUUCUUAAUCAGCAUGUAUAUUCCAGACGUUCCUGAAAUCGCAAGAAAAGGGAAGAUUUGGAGUGAAAGGAUUGUAAAUGAGAAGCUAUAUGGCAAACUUAGUGAUACUGAUUUAGAAAGAAGCUCAAGGAAUUUGAAUUUCCGUGCAAUUUCAGAUGGCCAAUAUAUAGAUGCUCAAAAAAUAAUAGAAGGUAUAUAA